AUGGAGCACUCUUCCGCCUCUCCUUCGCGCGCUGCCUCGCCUCGCGGCAGCAGCAACAGCAACAGCAACAGAUCUCCUCCGCGCGAGAAGCGCAAACUCGAGUCUUUCCUGACCGAGUCCGGCGAGACGUGGGAGUUCUCACGACCCGUCAAGAAGUCCCGUUCGUCCGGGCCUGGCAUUCACGCCAGCAGCACCGCCCUGGGUUCGCCUACCCGUGUCCAAAGGCCUCCUUUCUCAGCAAUCUCGCCGACUCGCGGCAAGCGGUCUCGCGACCCGUCGGACGAAGAUACCGACGCUCAGUCUCCUUCGCCCAAGAGGCAGAUGACUUCGGUCACAGACCUCGGCGACCAUGCAGCUGUCCUUCGCAGGACUAGCUGGCUAAGCUCUUCUCGCAGCAGAAGAAAGGAGGCUGCAGCAAGUAGAUCCCGCUCUCCCUCGCAGGGCGGCCUACGUGGUAUGUUCGAUGCGGGCUUUGGCGUCAGCCAGAGUUCCGGCUCCGUGGAGUUCGAGGAGUUGCAGGAGCUCCCGGACUAUGAGAGUGACGAAGAGGUCACCAUCGGCCAGCAUGCCGACAACAACCUGGAUCAAUUGGCACCGUUCCAGGGGCCUGCCAUGACUCUUCCUUCUGCCAAUCACUUCCAGGAGGGUCAGGAGUCGAGCUUGCCUGCGGUGGCAUCAAUUGAGACCGACCAGGACAUGGAGUACCAGGUCGGCUCGAGUCACCGUNNCAGGCAUUCGAGACUGUGGUCAGUGGUGAGUACGGUGUCGUUGCUGGCAAUGGCUCGUACGAAGCUACUUCAACCACCAGACCUGUUGUUUGGUCAUCUCUGGACUCCCGACUGGCCUCUGACAGUCGCUCUCCGAGUNCCAGUAACUCGUUACAAGCUUGCUCGUGCCGACAGCAGCGGCAGCGAGAGCGAUGUCGACAACCCACAACUGCUGCGAAGCAAGUUUGCUGGGUUCGCUCAAGCUAAUGCAACGGUCCAAGGCCGUGUUGAGGCACAGCAGCAAUCGGUGAGGGAGCCUGGAAAUACCAGUACCUCAGCCAGCAGUCCCGGCCCUGUCACAGCCGUGGAUACCGCCAAGGCAGCUACCACCAAGAGCUUCGAACCAACCUUGUCGCCAGUCAAGGAGUCCAGUAUCGAGCCUGUGGAAGUCGGCAAAGUUCAGAGAGCUCUUUCACAAGUCCGCAAGCCUCACAGCAUGAAGCCGCCAACCUCGACAGUCAGAAGACUCUCUCCAGCAAAACGUUCACCUACGACUUUACAACCACCUACCAUGGAUGAGCCAUCGCAACAACUCUUAUCCGAGCUCGAGAAGUACGUCAGCGACCGCAGAAACUGGUACGCAAAGCAAGUCAAGCAUGAAAGAGUGAAUGAGGAGGAAGUGAAGACAGAAGACGUCGGCGCACAGUCCAUCCCCACCAGCCACAGCCCACCAAACAUCAGCCACGUCCCGCAACCGCAACCAGACGCGUCCAUUCCACCAGCUCUCGCAUCAAUUAUCACUCGCGCCGUGGAGGAGAAUCAACACAUCAUGGCCGUUCACGCGGCCGAAGGUCCCAGUGAGGACGAUAUUGAUCUCUGGCGCAUCUGUUUGGGAGAACUUGAUGGUCCUAUGGACAUUGACGGCGAAGACGACCUUGCCGUCCAGCCCUAUUCUCGCGAUAGAAUUCGCAAACAACGCGACGAAGACAUCAGAAAGUUCAAGGCUCUCAGAGAUGCGCGUCGCAAAUUCCAGAUUCAACGCAAUCACUUUGACGAAGCACCCGACUCUGAGCCUGCAGUUGUGAACGAACCUGAACAAGACAACGAAGACCUGCUCUAUACCGACCAUCUUCUCGCCAGCUCUGAUGACCGUUUCCAUGCCGAGAAGCUCCGCCUGCAAGCUGCACUCGAGCAUUGGGAAUCGUGCUGGCCAGAUCCAACAACUCUUUCCUCCGAACACUGGACACAGGAAGCCACUACUUUCGCAAGCAACCAAGAGAGCGCAAUAAACUCUGCCGAGAAGCAUUACUGGGCUUCCCGCAGCAUCCAGGCACAGUCUUACGCCGAAGGAAACUUCAACUCUGGCCGCGGCUCCAAUCUCCACAUCUCAUUCUCUCUCAUUGAUUGGAAGAAGAGCAUUGCUACGUCAGAGGAGGAAGCCGCUGCCUUUGCUGAACAAGUCAGCCAAAUCCAGCUUACUGAAGAGGACCAAGAAGCUCCUCUCAGAGCCAAGCUCGCUCUUUUCCUUUCCGAACUUCCCCCUGAACUGGACCAGAAGGUCACAGAAAUUCUCAGCAUCACCAAUCCCGGCAGAGCAAUUGUCAAGUCUCCUGAAGGCAACGACUUGACCCGCAGAGACUUUGCUACUCUCCUUCAUUCCGCAAACUACCGCACCGGCGAGCCCGAAGGAUGGCUCAAUGACGAAAUCAUCAACGGCUUCUUCACUGCUCUUUGCAACGCCAUGAAUGACAAGGCCGGUCAUACCAAGGGCAAAGUGCCGCCAUUCGCAUCCUAUAUAACUGGCUGGUAUUCUUCAGUCACNCAAAAGGGGAUCAACGCCAUCGAAAGAUGGUCACGCCGCAAGGGCAUCAAGGGUGAGAAGCUGCUCGAGUGCAAGCGCAUCUUCUUCCCAGUCAACCCUGGCAACCACUGGUCAUUGCUGGUAAUCUGCCCUGACAUUAAGACCAUUGAGUACCUCGACAGUCUGGAUGUCGGUUACUCUGAGGAGAACCGCAAGAGCGCCCGGUAUAUAAAGCUGGGCCGCCAAUGGCUCCAGAUGGAGCUUGGCAACAAAUACGUCGGGGACGAAUGGAAGGAAGUCGACCGUCGCAGCUCCAUUCAGAACAACGGCUCGGACUGCGGCGUUUUCACCUGCCUCAAUGGCUUCGCCUCUGCGCUCGAACUCUCAAACCCUACCAAGGAGUUCGGACCUGAUCAGAUCCCAUACGCUAGACGCGCUAUGGUCUCCAUGUUUAAUCUUGGAGGAUUCAACAAGCACUUUGAGCUCUGA